GCCGGAAACAAAAUACCUGCUUUAAUUCGAAUUGAAUUGCAAUUUAUUAAAAUAAUUAAAAUCAACAGUACUCGAAAAUCAACAAUACCGCAGUACUACGGCACGCUAACUAUAGACCGCCGCCGCUUUUUACAGUACGCAGUACGUACUUACGGAAGCAAGAAGUAUUAAGGACUGGAAAUUAUUCACGCAGUCACCCAAGGCAUUUUCAAGCAGAAAGGAAAAGAUACUGCGAAAAUUUCAAAGCUCCUUUGCACUGGAAAUGAAUUACUGAAGGCAACAUCACAACUAACAACUUUGGACCCUGGUAAAACGGUUAUCCUGGACCACAUAAUUUUCUUCUGCAAGUUUGUCAUUUCGGCCGCUGUGCGCGGCGUUUUCGCGUUUCUACCAUUAACCACAGUUCUAUGAGUUCGAUCCACUUCCGACUUCCAGAUUCUACUUCGCACCUGUUUCGCCGACUCACUCAGGGACCGAAAUAGUGAAAAGUCAAUGGUGGCCACCCUGAGAGCGAUCUGAUAUAAGGAUGCGCGACCAAUUUGGAGUAAAUUCGAGCAGCAAAUCGUGUCGAUAUCUGGAUUACUGUUCAAUAUGACGGGUUUUGGAUAGAAGUUAUGACGAAACAAGUUUUAUCUGAGGAAUUCAGGCUAUAUAGCGCUGCUGCCACGUCAAAAGGUUACCGCGCGGCAGGCUCGAACCGUCAGCAAUUUUCCGGACCGCCAUGGGCGGACGCCACCGCCACUGCCGGCCCCGAAUGCUGCUUCGUAAUAAUUACUGUGUUACAGCCGGUCAAAUCGGAUUGCUUAAGGCGUUACGGCAUCGCCAGAAACAGCAAAUUAAAACAGUACAGAUACCGAUACCUGUUGUCACAACCGCAGGACCUCGUCCAAGACUUCUGCCAUGUAGGCUCCGGGCUACGCUUCGCGGAACCAUUGCCUCUACAAGACCCACUCUGCCUACCGUCGCGUUCCAUUUUCAUGACAGCCAGAUUAGUACUUCACCGGAAAUUUCUUAUAGUGUCAGGAUAAGAAAAAUUCUAGUUCAAAUGCUAAAACUAGUGAAAGUGAUCACGCCCGAUUUUUAAUGUAUACGUUGAUUGUGGUUUUUGUUUUAUGGAAGUGAUUUAACUUUAACUACAGUAUUUAUGUUCGCCUGAAACCGGUUGCCAAGAUAUUAUAAAUUUAUACAUAAUUAAUUAUGAAAGAUGACGAUGACAAAAAGUUUAGACGAUUUGAUGAUCAGCAGCGGAAUGGCAGCUGCACUGGACGUUAACUGUGACGUUACUAACUUACAGGGAUUUUGCAGUGCGCUAGAUGGGAACUUUGCAUGCGCUGCGUAAUUUUAGAAGAUGAGUGCACACGGGGCAUCCUGUAAUACACUGGCCAUGGCUUUGCCGCUCAGUAUGAGAAUAUGACAAACUUUUUUGUCAGACAUUUGUUGCUUAUUAUAUAGAGCCCAACUUCCUGUCAGUUUUCAUGUGUCUCUCACUUUAUCAGGCAGCAUAAUUCGUGAGCGCGGGAUGUCUAAAAAGCACUACAGAGUACGAGAAGCGCGUCUACUACGACUUCCCACUUCCCAGUCAUUGUAAGGCUUGUGGCUUCUAACCGCCCCCGGGAGUCAUCUCCGGCAGGCAGGCCCGAUCCGACCUUCGAUCGAUUUUAUAAUUAUUAAAAAUGGAAUUACGUACAGUAAUUAUUCCAGUUUGCGGGUACAAGUAUAUGCUACUUCACUUUACACAUUUUAAAAAAUGCACUGUACUCGUACAAGUGAAUCAGUAACACAGGUCAAAGUUCAACAGCGGCGCACUUUGAUACUAUUGCUGCGUAGGAAUUCGUACUGCCACGUUUGCUCUUUGUGCACGUAUGUGAUCACGCACGCACAGAUAAACAGCACCAAAAUUCUAAUUUCGACUUUGGAAGCCACCAUUAGGAAGCUUUUUAUUGCUUGGUGUAGUGCCAUGAUGUUAUGGAAUCUACGUUUACUUUAAAAAAUGCCGGAUUAGCUGUGACAUUUAGUCAUAUUUAAUGAAACUUACUGAGUCCUCAUUAUUGCAGGAUUAUUUCUGAUACGUCAUUAGCCAUACGGGAUUACCUUGAUUCAAGCUUUUGCUGUUUAGGAGCAAGGACCACCGUUUUAUCAUGGUAGCACCUGGAAAACAUCGACGGCGAGUGAGUGGAGCAGCCAUUUAUCGGACAAAAUUUUUUUCGAAAAUUUGGUGAUGUGGAAGAAUUCCUGCUGUUGGCGAAUUAUUUGUACGUGUUGGCGUCGUCGAUUUUACUCGCCUGGGCGAGAGACAACCGUCUCGAAAUAUCGCGGCCGGUCCGCUAUGCAGCGGCUUCCGCUGGACCCACCGCUGAACUACAACUUCAUCGGUCCGGUUCACAAACGCGAUCGAGCUGGACGACAGCAUCCACGUGUGCAGUGACUCGUUAGCCUGGCAAAACCGGGAGGCGGUAAAGACGGUGGAGGGAGGGGCUAAUCGCAGUCGCCGGGAGCCCCAAAGGGAAGCACUGGCCAGGCGGGGGAGCGGCGGGGAUGGGGGAGAUGCUGAAGCGGCUGUGCGCGCUUUCCCAGGUGGUGACGCUCAACUGCUCAUUUUGUACUUAGAUGUGAUACCCAUUAAAGGUCAGAGACCCAAAUGCAUGGCCCCGGAAGUGCUGCUCAGCAGCGAUAAUGCCGGUAAUUUACUGGCAGCACUAUCUGGACGUGGACAGCUACUCGUUGUCCGCGGAGGCCCGCGAUCUGAUCCUGUGCUUGUGUAGCGACGCCGAGGACCGUCUCGGCAACGGUUUCUCCCCCUACGCCCCGUCCCCCGAUCCCCUCGUGCCCAGCACGGUGCGCGGCUGCGAGGAGAUCAAGAACCAUCCCUUCUUCCACGGACUGGACUUGCGGAGUAUCCGCAAACAGCUGUCGCCGCAUCGGCCGCAGCUGCAGCACGAUCUGGACACGUCCAACUUCGAGGAUUUCACCGACACGCCCUCCCCGGUGGAAGGAUGGGGCGGGCACAGUGGGGAGGAGGAGAACUGGGCGGGGAUCCAGCCGUUCCUGCAUUUCACCUUUAGAAGGUUUUUCGAUAACGGUGGCGAGGAAGAGCGGACACCGCGGCUGAUGCUGAAAGAGCCGCCCAGUUACGAGAAAGCCGUUAGCCCCGCGGAGGGCAGUGAGACGGGGAAGAAGAAGGCCAAGGAGGCCGUGUACGUAUGAUGAGCUGUUGUUGGGUGGUGUGCGCUUUUGUAAUUAAACUGGAUCUGAUACUGAUUGUACGAGUACUUCCGAAUCGCUGAAUGCUGCCUUGUUGAUUCUGCUGUGGUCAAAAUAUGAAAUAAAGCUGCGUUACGAUACGGCAGGAAUGCUGCUGUAAUAACAUUGUAUG